GAGGUCCGGGGGAGGGGAGAGUCCGUCCCGGCACAGGAAAAGGUCCUGGCGGCGGCGCGCGGCGGGCAGAGCGGUGCCGGCCGCCCCGAGAGCGCAGCCCCGGCUCCUCGCACCCAGCUCCGCUGCCUGCUGCUGUCCCCACCGCCGCCCCAUGUUCCGCUCCCGCCGCGCCGGGCUGGUGAGGCGGCUGUGGCGGCAACGCUGCGCGACGGCCGGCCCCGAGGAGGGCCCCGGCGCCCUCAAACCGGCGGCGCACGCCCUCUUCAAGAAGCUGAAGGACGAGGAACUGGAGCUGCUGGUGCAGGCGGUGGAGAGCCGGGGCGCCUGGGAGUCCGGCUGCGUCUGGGCGCCGCGGGGGGCCAAGCAGGCGCUGCCCCCCCAGGUCCUGCUCUGCCGCCUCUACCGCUGGCCCGACCUGCGCCAGCCCCACGAGCUCAAGCACCUCUGCUACUGCGCCGGGGGCCGGGGGGGCUGCGGGGACGCCGCCGCGCUCUGCUGCAACCCCCACCACUUCGGCCGCCUGGCUGCGCCCGAGACCCCCCCACCCCCCUACUCGAAGGCGUCCUGCGGUCCCUCCUGGCCGGACGAGCCCCCGCACCCCGGCACCCAGCUCCUGGAGUUCAGCUACAAUGGCGGGGACUGGCGCGACACCAGCAUCUCGCGGAGCACCAUUAAGGACGGCUGCUGGUGCAAACUGGCUUACUGGGAGCACCGGACGCGCGUGGGCCGCCUCUACGCCGUGCACGAGGUGUCGGUGAACGUCUUCGGCGAGCUGCCGCGGGGCAGCGGGUUCUGCCUGGGCCAGUUGCCCGCUGCCCACCGUAGCCGCGCCGUCCGGCGGGCGCGCGGCAAGAUCGGGCGGGGGCUGGUGCUGAGCCGGGAGCCGGGCGGCGUGUGGGCGUACAACCGCAGCGAGCACCCCAUCUUCGUCAGCUCGCCCACCCUGGGCCCCCCCGGCGCCCGCGGGCUCACCGUCCUCAAGGUGCUGCCGGGCUACUCGGCGAAGGUGUUCGACUACGAGCGGGCGGGGGGGGUGGGAGGCUGGCGGCUCCCCGGCGAGGGCCCCUGCGACCCCCACAGCGUCCGCAUCAGCUUCGCCAAGGGCUGGGGUCCCUGCUACUCCCGGCAGUUCAUCACCUCCUGCCCGUGCUGGCUGGAGGUCCUGCUGAACCGGCCGCGCUGAGGGGCUGGGGGUGGCCGGGGGGGUGCCAGGGAGCCCCCCGAGGCGAGUGCGGGGCAGGCACGAGCUGGGGAACCCUCCUCUGCUGCCCCCCCCCAGCCCUCCAGGGCUGCGCUGCAGCGGGGCCGUCCUGGCCCAGGGGACACGCACUGGGACCCUCUGCCCAAGCCCCCUGGGGGCCCAGUGCCCCCCACGUCUGUCCCAGCACCCUGGGGGCACCCACCCCCCUCCCGGCCACCAGCCUCUCGCUGAGACAGGGCACUAUUUAAUCUCUUUCUUUUUUUUUUUUUUUUUUUUAUUAUUAUUUUUUAUUUUAACGGUUAAAUUUAUUUUAAUUUAUCUUAUUUUUGUAAAAAAAGAAAAGCGCGAUGCAGCUGCCGCCCCCCCGCGCUGUGAGUGGCCGGGGCCAGGCCGGAGGGGGGGGGGCAGUCAGGGCAGGGUGUGCAGGAGCUGGGCAGGUCGGGGGCCACAGAGCAGCCCGAGGGAGGUGGGGCAGACCCCCAGCACGGCGAAGGAGGGGUGUGGGUCUGGGGGUCAUGGCAGGCGUGGGGGGAACUGGAGUGAGCUGGUGCAGUGGGGGGUGUGGGGCGGGUGAGCACAGCUGGAUGACUGUGGGGCAGGUUCUGGGGCAGGUGCGCACAGCUGGAUGGGUGUGGGGCAGGUGUGCACAGCUGGAGUGUGGGGCAGGUGAGCACAGCUGGAUGGGUGUGGGGCAGGUGUGCACAGCUGGAUGGGCAUGGGGCAGGUUCUGGAGCAGGUGAGCACAGCUGGACAAGUGUGGGGCAGGUGCGCACAGCUGGAUGAGUGUGGGGCAGGUUCUAGGGCAGGCGAGCACAGCUGGAUGGGCGUGGGGCAGGCAAGCACAGCUGGAUGGGCGUGGGGCAGGUGCGCACAGCUGGAUGAGUGUGGGGCAGGUUCUAGGGCAGGCGAGCA